GACGAAAUACUCGCAAGAAACCAUCACCAGCUGCUCAUCACCACGAGUGAGCUAGCUUGUGAGGCGGCAAUGGCGACGGUGGAGGUGCUGACGUCGGAGGUGGUCGUGCCGGCCGAGGGUACGCCGGCGGGAGGCCUCUGGCUGUCCAACCUGGACCUCGCCGCACGCCGCGGGUACACGCCCACGGUUUACUUCUACAGGCCCAACGGUGAGCCGGGAUUCUUCGCGGCCGACGCCGUCAAGGACAGCCUCGCCAGGGCGCUGGUGGCGUUCUACCCGCUCGCCGGCCGCCUUGGGAUGGACAGCACCGGGCGCGUCCAGGUCGACUGCACCGGCGAGGGCGCGGUCUUCGUGACCGCGCGGUCGGACUACGUGCUCGACGACCUGAUGAACGAGUUCGUGCCCUGCAACGAGAUGCGCGACCUGUUCGUGCCACCGACGCCGGCUCCGAACCCGCCGUGCGCGUUGCUGUUCGUGCAGGUCACGUACCUGCGGUGCGGCGGCGUGGUGCUUGGCCAGGCGAUGCAUCACUCGGUGUGCGACGCGCGGGGCGCGGCGCAUUUCUUCGAGACGUGGGCCAGCAUCGCCCGCGGGGCCACCCUGAACGCGUCCGUGCCGCCCUGCUUCGACCACAAGCUGCUCGCCGCGCGGCCGACACGCACAGUACUGUACGACCACCCGGAGUACAAGCCUGAGCCGGAGCCGGUGGACGCCGUCGUCGCGUCCACGUACGCGAGCGCCAUCGUCACCAUGACCAAGGGCCAGGUGAGCGCGCUCAAGGCGCGGUGCGCGGGGGCAUCCACGUUCCGUGCCGUGGUCGCGCUCGUGUGGCAGUGCGUGUGCCGCGCGCGGGCUCUGCCUCCCGAGGCGGAGACGCGGCUCUACUCCAUGAUCGACAUGCGCGCGCGCCUGGACCCGCCGCUCCCGCCGGGGUACUUCGGCAACGCGGUGAUCCGCACGUCGGCCUCCGCCACGGUCGGGGAGGUGGUGUCCAGCCCCGUCGGCUACGCCGCGCGCCGCGCGCUCGCGGUGACGAGUCAGGGAGACGACUACGCUCGGUCGCUGGUGGACUACCUGGAGGGAGUGGACGCCAUGAACCUGCCGAGGAGCGGCAUCUCGCGGGCGCACCUCCGCGCCAUCAGCUGGAUGGGCAUGUCUUUGUACAAGGCCGACUUCGGGUGGGGCGCGCCGGCGUUCAUGGGGCCGGCUCUCAUGUACUACAGCGGCUUCGUGUAUGUGAUGAACGCGCCGGGGAAGGACGGCGCCCUCGAGCUCGUGCUGUCGCUGGAGCCGGAGAGCAUGCCGGAGUUCAGGAAGGUGUUCGCCGAGGAUCUGGCGAGCCUGGAGGUGGUGUAGUUCCAUCACUCGAGACGUAGCAGUUAGCCGCUACGGCCUACGUAUAGAGUUGCAUGCGUGCAACGUGGUUAUAGACGUUUGUGUGGAACUGUGGAUUGCAGUUUGCCUCCAUGGCGUGUACUACAUGUGAAUGUGAUUGUCUAGUUCUACAGUAAUUUUCUUUUACCUCUUUCUCGGUGAAGUCUUGGAUGCAAAGCUACGCAUGAUGUUGCAGUGACCAACAAGAGACAUCCGUGGCAAUAACCAAAUAUCCAUAUUGAUUUAUGACUACCA